AUGAAGGUGAAAAAAGCCAUUGUCUGUCUGCUGUGGCUGGUUGCAGCUGCUGCUAGCUUGGCUAUUGCAGCCAGCUUGCCGAACACCCCCGCAGUCUUGGACAGAGGGAAUACUCAAAACCCUGACUGCAGAUGGAUCUCCUCUCCGCUGCGUACGGCGCUACCUCUGAUGACGAGGAUGCUACUGGCCCACCCUCCUCCGCGCCGGUUGCCACCGGGUCCGCCUCCUUCGCUCCACCUCCCUGAAGCGGCCGCGUGUGGGAUCUCACCAAUACCCUCCUCCAACCCACUCCUUCCCGCAACAGCCCCUGCUCAACGCAGCGACACACGUUGGCAUCUCCAUCCAGUGGCAGAUGGCUCUAUCACCUAUACAAAUCUACGAGCUGACAUUUUGCAUUCCUUGCGAUGCCAACCAAAGCCUGGACCAAGCACAAGUUUCCCUUUGAAGCUCUCAGUUUGUUUGAAGGGUCACACUAAGGCAAUCAACUGUGUAGAUUGGUCACCAAGUCAUGUCUCACUCAAUAGACAUUCACAAAGAAAAGUAUCUGCAGGGCAUCUUCUUGCUUCUGCUGGAAUGGAUCACACGGUUCAUGUAUGGAACGUAUGGGACAAAGGGAAUACCACUGCUCGUGUUUUGAAACAUCACACUGCUGCUGUAAAGGAUGUAAGGUGGUCCCUUCAUAGGCCCUUUUUACUUUCUGGAGGGCUUGAUUGUUCCGUACAGCUAGUCGAUGUUGUUGAGGGAAAAGUAAUGAAAGUAUUCAAGGAGGAUCAAGCUGUGGAGGUUAUCAAGUUCAAUCCAAGCAACCCCGAUAUCUUCCUAUCUGGUGGGUCCAAGGGUUCCCUUAGACUCUGGGAUAUUCGAUGUGGUCUGGUAACAAAAGAAUUUCAUAGAAACCUUGGAACCAUCCUUGACAUUGACUUCAGUGCUGAUGGGAGACAAUUUAUCUCUUCAACUGACACAACCAGAAGCAAUAUUAGUGAGAACACUAUAAUUGUUUGGGAUGUCAUGCGACAAGUUCCUUUAUCUAACCAGGUUUACACUGAAGCAUUCACAUGCCCGUGUGUAAGAUACCACCCACGUGAAGCAUCUUUUGUUGCACAAUCCAAUGGGAACUACAUUGCUAUUUUUUCAGCAAGGCCACCCUUCAAGCUGAACAAGUAUAUGCGGUUUGAAGGACAUGGAGUGUGGGGUUUCCCUGUAAAGUGCAACUUUUCCCUGAGCGGAAGAGAACUUGCAUCUGGUUCAUCCGAUGGAUGUAUUUACUUUUAUGAUUACAAGUCCGCAAGGCUUUUAAGGAAAAUAGAAGCCUUCAAAGAAGCAUGCACUGAUGUUGCUUACCACCCAGUAAUGCCAAAUGUGAUUGCUUCUUGUAGCUGGACUGGUGAAAUAUCUGUCUUUGAGUGA